CCAACAACCUUGCUUACGUUGAAUAAGGAAGUCCAAACGCGCUUCAGGUGGGAGCUGUUCUAGUCCAAAAUGUCGCUUUCAGACGCGAGACAGACGUUUUUAAAACCGGUGGUUCCCUUCGGUGGGACGAUCCUGGGCGGUUUGCUGCCGGGGGAGAUGGUUGUCAUUCAGGGCUCAGUGCUGUCUAAUGCUGACAGGUUCCAGGUAGAUUUUGGGUGUGGCAGCAGUGUGAAGCCGAGGGCAGACAUAGCAUUUCACUUCAACCCGAGGUUCCAGAGGUCUCCAUGUAUCGUCUGCAACACGCUGCAGAAUGAGCGCUGGGGUCGAGAGCAGAUCCUACACCAGAUGCCUUUUGCUGCCGGCAACUCAUUUGAACUCACAAUCUUCGUCCUGAAAGACAGGUUUAUGGCGGUGGUGAAUGGACGUCAAUUGUUGGAGUAUAAACACAGACUGGAGCUGGAGCGGGUCGACACUUUGUCCAUAUCUGGAAAGGUCAAAAUUGAAGCUGUCGGCAUCUACUCGAGCUCUAGUUCAUCUUCUGUUGCAGCCAGUCUGCCCAACCAGGACUCAGAGUUCAAAAGUAUUCCCUUCAGAGGUGAGCUGGCUGAUGGACUGUGUGCAGGGCGUACUAUCAUUGUCAAAGGAGAAACCAAUCAUAACGCAGACAGUUUCUCUGUGAAUCUGCGAUGUUCCAGCAGCAGCGACAUCGCUCUUCAUCUGAACCCUCGUAUGAAGAAAGGGGUCUUCGUCAGGAACUCCUUCCUGUCUGAGUGCUGGGGCCCCGAGGAGAGAACACUGGCCUCCUUCCCCUUCACUGCAGGACAAUACUUUGAGAUGAUCAUCCUGUGUGAGCCUCAGCAGUUCAGAGUUGCCAUCAACGGGCAACACCAGCUGGACUACAGACACAGAGUCCAGGAUCUGAGACGCAUCACCCAGCUGGAGGUGCUGGGAGACAUCAUGCUGCGGGACAUUGUGAUCCUCUAAACUCUGAGCUUUAUCAUGUUGGAACCUGACGUUAUUCUGGGCGUCAUUUCACAGAUUGUAAAAUGUAUAUAGUUAUACAAAUUCAAUGACACUAUAUUCUUCAUAAUCACAAAGUGUUCAUUAACCUGAAGGUCCAAAUCCAACAAACUAGUUUAUUUCUUAUUUUUGCAGAUAAGUGUAAUCAUUAACAUGUUUUGAAAGACCAAAUUUGAGUUCAUAAUGUUCAGUUCAGACAUUGAAGCUAUAGAUGUAAAAUGAAAUGGAAUCAUACAUGACAGAAGACAAUGUCUGAAGAGUCUGAACAAAGUUUCCUUCCAGAAACAUGAACUGUUAUGUUUGUGCUUCUUUAACGCCUGUUCCUGUUAAUGCACUGUGUGAAGGCUGUAAUGUAUAAUGGGAGUGUUGGCAUGUCUUUGUAACCAGAUCAAAUAAAUCAGCCAUGCAAGCCUG